UUGCGAGUGAAAUCAGUCACUUCACUUGUGUCUGAAAAGUCAAAACCCAGGUAAAACCCUAGUAUCUCGCUCUCUUUAUCUUCUCAAACACAAUCUCUUAUCCGACUAUGACGUCACUUCUCCGACGCGCCCAACCAUUUCUCCGGCGAAAUGCAGCAAACCCUCGGAAAUGUGUUUCGAAUAGUUUGAUGGAACAGAGAGUUAUGACCAAGGCUUGCAUUUCUACUGCUAGUCAGAGUUUUUCGACAAAUGGGAAAUUGUCGGAUCGGGUUUUUGCUAAUUAUAAUAUUUACAAGGGGAAGGUUGCGCUUUCUGCUUCGCCAAGGCUCCCACAGUUCAGUAAAUUGGACUCUGGAAGUCUUAAAGUUGAUCGCCAAGGUACUAUCAUGCUUUCGUUCUCCCCUGCUAUUGGUGAACGCAAAUACGACUGGGAAAAGAAGCAGUUCUUUGCUUUGUCGACUACGGAGGUUGGAUCUUUGAUAAGUUUGGGUCCUAAUGACACAUGUGAGUUUUAUCAUGACCCUUCAAUGAAGUCGAGCAAUGCUGGCCAAGUAAGGAAGACGCUACAAGUGAAGCCAUAUGCAGAUGGUAGUGGUUAUUUUAUAUCUCUAAGUGUUGUGAAUAAUAUCCUGAAUAUCUCCGAUAGGUUCACAGUUCCUGUUACAAGAGCCGAGUUUGCAGUGAUGCGUACAGCUUUCAGUUUUAUUUUGCCCCACAUUUUGGGGUGGGACCGAUACAUUAAUCAGUCUGCUAAAAACACACAGGAGAGUGCUUCAAUGGUGGAUCCCCGAGUUAAGGAUCUGGAAUGGGAUAGGUGAAUAGCAUUUUGCAUAACACCAGGUAUAUACGUUUACUGGAGUUCUGUACUCAACUGCAUCAUAGGAAUAUGGGGAUGUAGUACUUGAGAACCUUUCUCUUGUGAUUUUGCACUUAGAAGUAAUCACUCUGUUAAACGGCUGCCUCUCAAGUUUAAAUGUAUGUCUUCGUCGCCAUUAAUCCCCUGCCAUGCAACUGAUAUUUUGUAUAAAAGAUCUUGUUUAUAAUGUUCUAAUUCCAGAUCACUUCCUCUUA